CAACCGAAGCUUCGUCCGCGCGCGCGUGGAGCCAUUCAGCCAUGCCCAUGGAGGUGGAGGUGUCUCGCGAAUCCAUGGCGGAGGAGGUGGAGGUGCGUCGUGAAUCCGCGGGAGAGGAGGUGGAGGCGGAGGUGGAAGAGGAGGCGCCGGCCGCCGGCCGAGCGACGACCUUCGCGGAGCUGGUGGAGUCGUGCGACGCCAUGGGGAUUGGGGAGGAAGGAGCCCACCAGGAUCCAGGCGGAGGCCAUCCCCCUACGCCCUCCAAGGUAUUAGCUCCGUACGUUGUGAUGGCAACGGAGAUUGAUGGCGAGUUGGUUGGUUGCUGAAUUAGUCUGCGCAGGGAGGGACGUGAUCGGCGUGGGGGCAGACCGACGGGGUCGGGGAAGACGGGCCGCGUUCGUGCUGCCGAUCAUCCAGGCUCGAUCACCUGCGUGCUUGCGCCCACGAGGAUUAUGUUCAUCGUGUGGGCAGUCGUACAGGACAAUCAGGAUAUGCUGUAUCAGUGCAUCUUUAGUGAAUCAAUUUGAGGGCGAAUUUUUCAAGCUAACCGAGCAUCUCCUUGAGGGUAAACAAAUCCCGGAUCGCAAGGCUGAUGCAGAUGAAAUAAUGAUACUUCAUGACAGCAUAUCUGACGCAAAGAGGAUUGCACUGAAGACAAUGAACGAGAGUGUUUACCACAAGAGGAUGAGGGCAUGGAGAUGGAUGGAAGAUGGUCCAUCAAUAGAUCACGAAGACGAACCAGUGCAUGUAGCAGGCUAGAAUCUGUAUACAUAACACUGCUCUCACUCACACUAUGCUUAUUUAUUCAUUCACGUAGCAUUGUUGGAAGCAUUCCCGGACUGCAAUUAACAGCAUAAACAACAUAUAUGCUGCUAAUCUGCUACAGACCAGUUGAGAUACAGUUCGAGUUGGAAUUUACUCAGUCAAUUGCAAUCUCAUGUCCAGAU